AUGAACCUUGCUCCCAAGGCCAAUGGCCAACAGAAGUACAAAUCAAAGUACUUUCCAAUGGACAAUGGCAAGUCUUUCCCCGAGCAUAUCCUCUUCUAUGGCGCGGGAGAUAACCUUUCCCAUAAUAAUGGGUUCUUUAUUGGCUUCGCUGAGGCACAAAUCAAGCUUCGACGUAGCAAAGGUAUCCUACUUACCCGGCUCUGGUCCGACGCUUAUGAUGCUCUGGAUGCGGAGCAGCAGAGUGGUGUCUAUCGUUAUUACUUGAUGUGGGUGCGCAAGCUUGCUGGCAUGAUGUUAGCAGAGGAGUUAGACCCGGAGAAGGUUAGGAAUAGGGCGCCACUUCUUAUAAAAGCGGCCAAAGCCAUCGCAAAGGCCGAUCACAAUGGAGCCACGUCGGCACAAGCUUUUGCUCAAGUUCCCAAGACUACAAUCCAGAACCCCUCGACGACAGCACCCUCUCAGAGACCAGUCUCUCUUGGAAUGCCUCAGGGAAAAUCGAACCCGCCUGCCGCCAAGUUCCCCCCCAUGACUCCCGUAAAGAAGGAGAACGAGAAGCCGCGUCCGGCUGAGCCUAAAUCCAUGGCGAUUUCGAAUUUUGAAGAGCGUUGCAGGAAACUAGGGCUUCGCUUCUCUUCCUCAGAGGACUAAGAGAUAACCCAAACCUGAACACGUCGUGGUGGUGGUAUGAAACUCGAUCGAGUUCUUCACCGUGAACGUCUAAGACGUGAGGUUGUCACCUUUUACAUAUACUGGUACCCAGCCUUAGCUAUUGAUGGAACAAUUGGCAUCGACAUACAUUUUGUCGCCCUCCUUGUGUCAAUUGAAUACUUAAUAGCAUGGCCCGACUGUUCAGGAAGGUAGUUAAUAAAAUUCUCUGAUAUAAAUUUGGUUGUUAUAGCUAUGGUCGGGAUCGUAGUUGAGGAGUCGCUGCUGUCUCUUCAGUUCAUUACCUAGCGUC